CCAUGUUCAAUUAAUUCAGAAAACCUUAGUCCCAAGACAGAAAAUAUCAAAGAGAAACACUGCUCCUUUGAAAAAUGUCAGACAUUCUCAAAAAAAUUGCAGCCACAGAGAAACAGAAAUUUGAAGUCAAGUUCGGUAGGAAGAGUGUUGUAAAAGCACUCAAUCCUUCACCAGAGCCAUUUUCAAUCACUCUCUCAAAUCUUGACCUGCUUUCAGGUCGUUUUCCUGUUACAUACUUGUAUUUCUACCACAAACCAGAAUUAGCCAACUUCAAGGCAUUUGUUGAAACUCUUAAAACCUCUCUAGCACAAAUACUUGAUCACUAUUAUCCCUUUGCUGGCCAAAUUGUUCAGAAUCCCAAAACUAGUGAGCCUGAGAUCAUUUGUGACAACAACGGUGCACUAGUUAUUGAAGCUCACACACAUGUCCCAUUAAAGGAUUUAGAUUUCUAUAAUCUCAAUGAAACUCUUCAAGAAAAGGUAGUCUCAGUUGAACCAGACUUUCCCUUGCAAAUUCAGGUGACAGAAUACACUUGUGGGGGAAUUUCCAUAGCAUUUACUUUUGAUCAUGCAUUAGGUGAUGCUAGUUCCUUUGGUAAGUUUAUUGCUUCAUGGUGUGAAAUAGCUCAAAAUAAACCACUUUCAUGCACACCAGACCAUACCAGACAUCUUUGUGCACGUUCUUCUCCCAAAUAUCACCCAUCCUUUGAUCAAACUUUUAUGAGGUGCACCAUAAAAGAGAUACAGAACAUGCCAAUGAACCAUAUCUCUCUUAAACGCCUUUAUCAUAUCGAAGCAUCAAGUAUCAACAUGCUGCAGAAACUUGCUUCAGUGAAUGGUUUCAAGAGAACAAAGAUUGAGGCUUUCUCUGCAUAUGUAUGGAAGAUAAUGACUGGUGCCAUUGAUCAAAGGCAUGAAAAGUGCAAGAUGGGUUGGUUGGUUGAUGGAAGAGAAAGAAUGGUAAUAGGUAAUAAGAAUUGUAUGUCAAAUUACAUUGGCAAUGUCUUGUCUUUGGCUUUUGGGGAGGCAAGUAUUCAAGAAUUGAAGGAACGAUCUAUAUCAGAGAUUGCCAACACAGUGCAUGAGGCAAUUUCAAAGGUCAACAAUGAGGGUCAUUUUUUGGACUUGAUUGAUUGGAUAGAGUGCCAUAGGCCUGGUUUGAUGCUAGCAAAGGCAGUGUUGGGUCAAGAAGGACCAGUCAUAGUGGUGUCCUCAGGACAAAGGUUCCCUGUGACAGAAGUUGACUUUGGAUUUGGGACUCCCUUGUUAGGGACAGUGUACACUUCCAUUCAAAGGGUGGGAGUUGGUUACAUGAACCAAAGGCUAAGUGCCAAGGCUGAUGGUUCAUGGACUGUGUCUGCCAUCUUGUGGCCAGAACUUGAAGCUGCAUUGCAGGAUGACCCAAUUUUCCAGCCCAUGUCUGCAUCUCAUCUUCAGCUUUAGUGCUAUACAUUGCUUUUGAUCUUCUGUAUGGUUCGAUAUCAGUGUCGUUUAUUGCAAGUUUUUUUUUAUAAGUAUUCCAAUAAAUGUUGUCUAAUUCUUAGUUUGUUAUUAA